AUGGCCCCUCUAAAGACGAAAGAGUUGGCUCUUGCGGCCCUCGCAAGCUUCGUCGCCUGGGGCUAUGCGACGCACUGGUUUCCACCCCUCCGACUCGCCGGUUAUGCAUUCGUCGCCGGCGCUGUGCUUGCCGUAGCGGGCCUCGCCGCCCUGGUAUUGCUGACCUCCCGUGGCGCCCAAUACCGAGCCCAGACGAGGUCAUCCCGGAGACCGCACGGCGUCGCCUUCGUCGCACCCGCCGCCUGGCCCGCCGAGCUCGCCGCCCUCGAAUCCCGACAGUCUUACGACCCAGAUCCUAUUGCCCCGGAUGCUCCCAAGGUCUCCGAGGCCGUCGAGGUGGUGCUCGGCUACAUUAUCCGCGAUUUCGUGCAGUCGUGGUAUGGCAGCAUCAGCAAGAACCCUAUCUUCACAAACGAGGUGGACCGUGCCAUCCGCGCCGCACUCGGCAGCAUCCGCGACCGCAUAUUACAAGUCGAUCUGGCCGAGGUCCUGACCAGCCGCCUGGUGCCGAUUCUGACGGCGCACUUCCGCAGCUUCUACGACGCCGAGCGUGCCGUCCGGGGCAAGAAGCUGAACCGCUCCGUUACCGAGACGGACGAGCUGGACCUGGCCAUCGCGGCCAAGUACAACGACGGCAAGCUGCACCCGGCCGCUGCCCUAUCGCACAUGGACGCGAGGUCCACUCAGCAGGAGUACCUGCGCGACGUCGUGGCCAAACUCCUGCCAAAGGUGCUGCCAGAGAACAUGUCGAGGAGCCGGGCCGUGACGACCCUUGUACGUGAGAUUGUCGCUUGCGCCGUGCUCGGCUCCGUCAUGCAGAUGCUUUCCGAUCCAGACACGUGGAACCAGGUCAUGGAGAACUACGGCCGGAGCAUGCUGCAGGACAGGUCGACGGUCAGGAAGCUGCGCGCGGCGCUUGACCAGCACGCCUCGCCCGCACCCAGGACGUCCAAGCCAGUUGCCUUUCCGCGCCUGAGCCCUGGUGACAGCGAGCGACGAUUCGAGAAGUUUGUCCGCUCCGUGCGGAAGGUCUCCAAUCUGUCCGACGCCAGGCGGUUCCGCAGCGAGGUUGCGAGCCAGCUGAAGCGGGAGUCGCAGAAGGAAGGGCAGGAUCCGGUUCACCUGAGGCGGUUGGAGAUGGGCAAGAGGCUGCUUGACCAGAGGGUCCAACAGCUCGCGGCCGCCGGCGGCGACCGGCGGGCGGCCCAGGUACCAAUGCCUAGCCAGGCGCCCCCGCGCGCCUCACGACUCGAAAACGCGUCCCUGGAGGAAUUGCUCCGAGACUCGUCUGGCCUCUCGUAUUUCAUGGAGUAUAUGGACAGGCAGCGAUUAUUGCCGCUAGUUCAGUUUUGGCUCGUCGUGGAUGGCUUCCGCAACCCACUGGAAGAUGACGGCCCCGAGGAUGAGCAGCUUCCCCUGGUCUUGCCGCCGUGGAACGACUCGGAUAGGCUCGACCUUGCCCAGAUCAACCAAGCAUACCUGUCAAUGCCUGUUUUGAAGGUCCCGCCGUCGUCACGGAAGCUCGUUCAGGAGUUCCUCGAUGCUGGCAGCAAGGCUGUCCCGGCCCAGUACUAUCGAGCCCGACGCGCCAUCCUGCGCGCGCAAACCGCCGUGUUGGACGAGAUGCGAAUCAACCAUUUUCAAAACUUUAAAAAAUCAGAUUUGUUUUACAAGUGUCUUGCCGCGGAAGAGGCCGCUUCCCAGAUCGCAACGCCAUAUACCCCGGAGCCUGCGGGUCCGUCGUUGACAGCAGCACAGACUCCGACUUCGCCUGCAGUGAACCGAGCUCCGCAGUCAUUCGCGACGGCAAGGCCAAACCACGCGACUAGGCUCGCCAGUCGGCUCAACCUUGGGCCCAACCGGAGGGCCGGUUCAACAACGGAUCUCAGAUCCUUGAAUGUUAAUGGCGGCGGACUUGACCCACUUACUUCUUCCCGCAGGUCUCUGGACGAAGGAAACUCGAGUCCGUUGUUUGGAGACGAAGAAGACUGGGACAACGAGGCACUCGCCGAUUCUGUCCAGAGCCUAGACCAAGAACCCAUGACAGCCCCGCCGCCGGAUACCCGAGUUGUCAAGGCAGUCGAGGAUGCGCUUAGCACCAUCAUGGAAGACAGCCGACCACCGACCGCCGAGGACCUCCGGGCUUCCCUCUUCAGUGGAGAGGAUUCCAACUCAGGCAUAUUCUCGCCAGAGACAGACUCCCUACGAGGCUCUGCGCGUGGAUCGCUCGACAUUUCAAGGCCGGGUCAAGCGGCCAAGGAGGUUGAAAAGCCGAGCCUGUCGUCGCUGGGCCUGGUUAGUGCAGCUUCCCGGAUCGGUGUAUUUGAAGACAACGACCUGUUCGCGGACGAGGAUAAGCACCUUUCGGACGAGCGCGAGGAUCCUGACGGGGGAGGCGAAGACGACGACAUUGACGAGGUUCAUGAGGCGGCGCCCGGGGACCUCGGCUUGGCCGAGGCGAUCACGGCGCUGAGCAACGACAUCGACAAGCUGGUGGCGCAGGAGGCCAUCGUGGAGUCUCUACAACGCAAGGCAGAGCUGACCAACAAUACUGCAGAGCUCAGGAUCCUGCGCAAGUCCAAAGCCAGCUUGCAGAGGGAGAUUCGGCGCAAAGAGCUGCAGCGCCAGCAAUACGUGAUCCAGGAGAGCGACAACAGUCUGUACGGGCGAUCGACAAUCAAGAUCACGGGGAUUCAGGUUGGGCGCGAUGAUGACGGCAAGGAGUAUGCGCUCUACGCAAUUGAGGUCUCGCGCGAUGCUGGUGAGAAGAUGCCGGCGGCGACGUGGGUAGUGAUGCGGCGCUACAGCGAGUUCCUCGAGCUGCACCAGAAGCUGCGGUCGCGCUACCCGUCGGUCCGCAACCUCGACUUUCCGCGCCGCCGCAUGGUCAUGAAGCUGCAGAGCGAGUUCCUGCAAAAGCGCCGCGACGCACUCGAGCGAUAUAUGCGCGAGCUGCUCCUGCUGCCCGAGGCGUGCCGCAGCCGUGACCUGCGCGCAUUCCUGUCCCAAACGGGUGUCGCCGGUGCCGGCGUCGCUGGUCGCGACCUGGUUGACCGCGAGGACAAGAAGGACAUGAUGACGCGCCUGUACGACUCGGUGGCCGAUGGCAUGGAAGACAUACUCGGCAGCAUCCCAGUGUUGGACCAGCUGUCACUGGCCGGGCAGAACCUGAUCGCGGCCGCGACGAGCCAGCUCAACAACACGGUGCCGCUGGGCGGUGGCAGCGGCGGUGUCGCCGGCACCGACGAGGGCGGCAUGUCUGCGGCCGAGGCCGAGGCAGAGCUCAACGCCUUCGAGAACAAGGAGCUCGAGCCGUUCGUCAAACCCAUCUGCGACGUCUUCCUCGAGGUCUUUGAGCUGAACCGCGGCAACAACUGGCUGCGCGGCCGCGCCGUCGUCGUGGUCCUGCACCAGCUGCUGGGCGGCACCAUCGAGCGCAAGCUGCGCGACAACGUCCGCCUCCUGGUCCAGCAGGACGCCAUCCUCAAGUAUGUCGGCCUCGUGCGCGACAGCAUGUGGCCCGGCGGCGCCAGCGCCGCCCAGAGGCCCGCAAAGGCGCCGCGCACCCCCGCGCAAAAGUCUAGAACCCGCACCGAGGCAAGCCUCAUGCUCGCCACGCUCGUGCCGGACCUGGCGGGCAGCGUGGUCGGUAGGCUGAAUGCCCAGGCGGCGAGCAGGCGUAUCUUUGCGACGCUGAACAACCAGCGGCUGAACACUCACUUGGUCUACACCUUCCUGGAUGAGAUUAUUGAUAUUCUAUUUGGACAGGAGUAG